AUGUCGUUCAUCCCUUCCGCGGGCAUGCUCGCCCUGGCUGCCGUGCAGCUCAGCUCCGGUGUGCUGGCUGGCAUUGACACUUGCCCCUCGGACAGCGUUCUGAGUUGCUCGGCCGAUGACACCGCUUCCUGCUGCUUCAACUCCCCUGGAGGUUCCCUCCUGCAGACCCAAUUCUGGGACUACGACCCGUCCGAUGGCCCGACCGACUCCUGGACCAUCCACGGACUCUGGCCCGAUAACUGCGAUGGCACCUACCAAGAGUACUGCGACGACUCCCGCGAGUACAGCAACAUCACCGCCAUCCUCAAGGAGCAAGGCCGCACCGAGCUCCUGUCCUACAUGGAGGAAUACUGGCCCGACUACGAGGGCUCCGACGAGGAUGAGACCUUCUGGGAGCACGAGUGGAACAAGCACGGAACCUGCAUCAACACCAUCGACCCCAGCUGCUACACCGACUACUACGCUCAGGAGGAAGUCGGCGACUUCUUCCAGCAGGUUGUCGACCUCUUCAAGGGCCUGGAUUCUUACACCGCCCUCUCCGACGCUGGCAUCACUCCCUCCGAGGACACCACAUACAAGCUGAGCGACAUCGAGGACGCCCUUGCCGCCAUUCACGACGGCUACCCUCCCUACGUCGGCUGCGAGGACGGUGCCAUCUCCCAGCUGUACUACUACUUCAACGUCCGCGGCAGCGCCAUCAACGGAACCUAUGUUGCUGCUGAGAGACUCGAGGACUCCAACUGCGACGACUCCGGCAUCAAGUACCCUCCCAAGUCAAGCAGCAGCUCUGGCUCUGGUUCCGGCUCCGGCUCCGGCAGCUCCGGAUACGGUGGCUACGGCUACGGUGACUACGGCUACGGAUACAAGAAGAGGGCUACUCGCAAGAGAGGUCUUAAGAACUAG